AUGAAAAGGUCAUCUCCAGCUAAUCUUGGAGCUGAAAAAGGCCAAAAACAGCCUACAAUGGAAGAAGACAAAGUUCGGUCGCUUUUUAACAGCAAAAUCUGGGAUCCUGAGUUCCAGGACACUUUAAAGAACGAAAUCGCAAUGUCAAAACCUUACAAUUGGGGGACUAUCCGAGACUUGAUCGACGACGACUUGUUGCGCAAGGUGAGAAAGGAAAUCGAGACUGAAAUCCAUUUCACCAACAAAGAAACCGAUAUCUAUAAAGUUAAUCAAAGUGGAGACCUAGCGAACCUUUCGGGACUGGACUGGAACGAUCUGUCGCGUCUGCCCAGCCUGUGCCGGCUACGAGAAAUCCUGUACUCUGAAGUAUACCGCGACGUCAUCUCCCACGUCUCUGGCGCUGGAACGCUGUCGGGCUCCAAGAUGGACAUGUCGAUCAAUACAUACACCAAAGGUUGCCAUUUGCUGACCCACGACGACGUAAUCGGGUCCAGACGGGUCAGUUUUAUUUUGUAUCUGCCCGAACCCGGAAAACGGUGGAAAGACCACUACGGCGGCGGGUUGCGACUAUUUCCAAGCAUUGUGGCCAACGUCCCACACAGCGAUCACAGUGCCAAGCUGGUUCCCCAGUUUAACCAAAUUGCGUUUUUCAAGGUGCAACCCGGGUUUUCCUUUCACGACGUCGAGGAAGUCCACGUCAACAAACAUCGUCUAUCCAUCCAGGGCUGGUACCAUAUCCCACAAGAAGGUGAAAAGGGCUACAUUCCUGGGGAAGAGGCAGAAUGGGUGAAAACCAACACCAGCACACUUGCUCAAUUGGAGUCCAACGUUUUGCAGGAUUACGAAUUUCCCAAAAAUGAAAGAAACAUUCUGCCCUACCACCAGAUCAGACACUUUGAUGAGCUGCUAGCGGCACAGACCAGUGAACACGAAGCCACAGAGUCCUCUGUAGAUUUGAGCCUGCUUUCGGAGGGAGAACUAAAAUAUUUGGCCGAGUUCAUCUCCCCUCAUCAUUUAACGUCAGCCGGUAUCCACAAGCUUCAAUCCCAGUUUGUUACUAAGUCGCAGUUGCAAAUCGAUGAUUUCCUCAAUGACACCAAGUCCGAGGUUUUGAAAAAACUAAUCAAGACAGACGAGCUCCAAAAAGAGUGUCCUUACGAAAGCGUCAACGUGGAGGCCCCAUGGAAGACAGCGUUGCCACCUCACAAAUGGAGAUAUCUGUACAUUGACGGAAAAUCGCAUGAAAACUUUCAAACCGAGCAGGACAUUUUGAACUCGCUAAACAACGAAGAAAUGCCUAAUUACAAUCUUCUUUCCAAAACGUUGGAUCCAGUCAAGAACAACACAGAAACUGAACUCAUUAGUGUAGCUACAUUCCUCGAGAGCACAGCUUUCAAAAAGUUUUUGGCUUUGGUAACUCUGCUAUCUCCUCUUAGCGAACAGGUUCUGAUCAGAAGAUUCAGACCAGGUAAAGAUUUCACGCUUGCAACGCAAAUCAACAAGAACGACCUGCUCGAGCGUGUGAAGGGCUUUGUGGAGGCUGUUCUGGAGGGAACUUUGUGUCUGACCCCUACUGAUGGAUGGGAAUCUGGUGAAGUUGGAGGCUACGAGCUUUACAUGGACAAUCAAGAUGACGACGAUGAAGCGAACACGGAUAUCAAAGACGCUGCUGUUUACCGAAGCGACGACACAGGCGAUUCCGUUCUCAUUAACAAACCUCCAAGCUGGAACUCUUUCAAUUUGGUGCUAAGGGACGAAAGUGUAUUGCAGUUCGUGAAAUACGUCAGUUGGGCAGCGAAAUCGAGCAGAUGGGACAUCACAGCGCAGUGGGAUGUCAAAACUGUGGACGACGACUCUGAAAACGACGCGGAAUAG